ACGCCCUGCAUUGCAAAGCACACAGCCCUAGAGAAAUCAAGAAGAGACGACGGCGAUGGCGGAGAGGGUGUCGAGGCUGUCGACGGAGAAGGCUGUGGUGAUCUUCACGCGGAGCCAGUGCCCGAUGUGCCACGCGAUGUUGAGCCUCUUCUCCGAGCUCGACGUGUGCGCGGCGGUGCACGAGCUGGACAAGGACCCGCGCGGCCGCGACAUGGAACGGGAGCUCGCCCGCCGCCUCGGCCGCGCGCCGCCGGUCCCUGCUGUCUUCGUCGGCGGCAACCUCGUCGGCUCCACCGACAAGGUCAUGUCGCUCCACCUCGCCGGCAAGCUCGUGCCCAUGCUCAAGGCCGCCGGCGCCAUAUGGCUCUGAAUCCCUCCAUCCAUCGGCGACAGCAACUAUAUAUAUAAAUCCCUCGCUCCGAUCCAAUAUAGUUCCCAAAUCCCACCAAGAAUUUUGAGAAGUUUUGUUCAGCGCGGCUAGUAGUGUAACCACUUGCAGGGCUGAAAAGGGUUUGGAAUGACCAGUCCAUGUCUUUGAAUGUACAUGGACAUAUGUAACCCUAACCUUUCCAGGAUUUUCAGAGUGAGAUGUGGACUUUGAUGAGUUAAUUG